UCACGGAAGGCUGCAUUAUUUAAGCUGUUAUUCAAACGGUUAUUCGUAUAUUUGUGAACAUAACUUGUGUUGGAUGUUUCAUUACAAUGGAUAAUUGUAAAAUUUUCGGAAUGUUUUUAUUUAUUCUUUUUUUGAACCAUGUUCAUGGUCAGACAUCGUCAAAUAUAAGACAAUUAUAUACUGAUAUUUUUACAAGUUACCAACCAUCCAUCGUUCCAAAUUCUGAUUUUUCAGCACCAUUACAAAUAACAAUAUCACCCUAUUUAAUGACCAUUACUCAGUUUCAGGAAGUGGAAGAAACUCUAGACGUGGCUUUAGGACUUAUAGCAAACUGGGUUGAUGACGGAUUUUCGUGGACUCCAUCAUCAUACGGUAAUGCGGAAUAUAUUAUAGUGCCUCACACAGAUGUGUGGACUCCAAAGUUUGUUCUGGUAAAUUCUGUUGAAACAUAUGAACCUUUAGCGGGAGAAAACGAUAUAUUUGCAACAGUUUAUUCUAAUGGAACCAUGUCAAUAGCUUAUGGUGAUGUUUUGUCAUCGAAAUGUACAGCCAAUAUAUACAAGUUUCCAUUUGAUUCUCAAACAUGUCAUCUGCAAUUUGCCGUCUGGGGAAUAACAUCAAACGAUAUAACCAUAGUCGCAAACCCUAUGAGUUUAGCGUUUUACAAUGAAAAUUCAAAUUGGAAACUAGAUUCCUAUAGUUCAAAAUCUAUAGUUGAGAACGGGUACUCUAUGCUUAUACUUACAAUGACGAUAAAGCGUGUGCCGUUGUACUACGUCAUAAUGGUAGCUUUGCCAACAAAUAUGUUCUUUGUAUUAAACCCGCUCGUGUUUCUACUUCCUGUUGAAUCUGGUGAACGCUUAGGACUUGCGAUGACAAUAUUAUUAUCGUAUGCUAUAUUCCUGACAAUGGUACAAACGUCCAUACCAGCCUCUUCAAAUCCGAUGAGUGUUUUACUGAUUAUAAUGAUAGUGACUAUUGUAAUAAGCGGUAUCACAGCUGGUGUAACUAUUUACAUAGCGGCACUUUAUCAUAGAGAACCACACGUUAAAAUGAACUCUUUUUGGAAGUUUAUCGGGACGAGAUUACCAUGGAGUAGAAGGCAUACACCUGUGCGGCCGUUGACUAAGAAUGGUGCAAAGGGGGAUAUAAUAUCCUCGCCUAUAGAGACAAACAUAACCUGGCAAGAAGUUUGUCAUGCUCUAGAUACACUUAUGAUGGUAAUACUAUAUGCAAAUAUUUUCAUUAUCAACUGUGCAUUUUUCAUAGCUGUAUCUUAGCGAUAUGACACAUAUGAAUAAAUACUUUGAUGUGUGUUAUCUAGAUUAAUUACAUGUAUAUUUAUUAAAAUGUGACAACAUUUAGAUCAGUUACACAGCUACCAUAUGUUAUCAGUUAUCAAUGUUGAAAAAAAAUAUUUUGGUAUUUUGUUGUUCAUCUAAACAGUUGAAUGCCAUGUGUUUCACUGUAAGUGGUAGUUCAUGGUAGAUAUGUAGUAUGUCCUGCUGAAUUAUAAAGCGUUUCGUUCUUAAUGAAAACACAAUAUCAUUGAACGUUGCAGUCUAAUUAUGUAUGAUCUAUCAUUAUAUUAAAAACGGUUUCACUUUUAAAAACUCGCUUAGAUUAUUUUUGUUGUUCUAUCUUGUGUAAUAGCAUAAAUAAAAGCUCAACUACA